GGUAUCGUAUUACAGUUUUUGUUUUUGGAUUGUCCAUCUGUUACGCUAUUCUUGGAUGCCGCUUCCAAGCUCCAAUCCUCGUCCUUUUCUUCUUUCUUCAAUGUUUGCUUUUGUUUUCAUCCAUAAAUAUUAAUUUUUUUUUAAAAAAUAAACACUUCGAUGUAAUUGAAAAUCAUAUACAUGCAGGCAUUUUUCUGCUAUUUUCUAGUCGCUUUACUUUCAAGUUUCCCGCUCUGUAACUUAGAAUAAACAAAGGGUAUUCAAAGAAAUAUCCUACCUUUUUUUUUCUCUCUCUCUCUCUCUCAUUUCCUUUUUCUUUGAACUUUCAGAGUUUCAAUGGUUAUCUUCUUUUCUUUUUCAUUACCUUUUUUUUUUCCUCAGGUCAUGAAAAUAUUAGUAACAGUAAGAGUGUAGAGAUUGUUGCAUUGUUUGAUUGUUUUAGUUUUGGAUUUUGAAUUCUUUUAAUCCAAAGAAAGAAAAAUGAAUACAAGAGUUCGUACAGCUCUUCACUCCAUGAAAGCUUCUCCAAAUCAUGAGAAAAAUAAAGAGAAGAAGAUGGAGAAGAUUAAGGAUAGCAGAGCGCUUGGAACCACCAAAACUGUGACCAAUAGGAGAAGAUCAAACAGGGAAAGGAAAAUGGCCUUAUUACAAGAUGUUGAUAAGCUAAAAACGAAGCUUAGACAUGAAGAGAAUGUUCAUAAAACUUUGGAGAGAGCUUUGACUAGACCUUUAGGAGCUCUUCCUCGCCUUCCUCCUUACUUACCUCCAUAUACACUGGAGCUAGUUGCUGAAGUAGCUGUUUUGGAAGAGGAAGUUGUUAGGCUUGAAGAGCAAGUAGUGAAUUUUAGGCAAGGCCUUUAUCAAGAAGCUGUCUAUGCAUCUUCCAAGAGGAAUGUGGAGAAUUUGAACGAAUCCAUCCAGCAAUCUCUGGUCAGAAGUUCUAAACACCAGCGAUCGAGGUCUUUUUCUGUAAACGAGACGAGUUCAGUAACGAUCAUUGCCAGGCUUCAACAGUCUCUUUCUAGAAGUGUUUCAAGCAGAAAGCUAUUGCCUCCUGAUACCAUUUACGAUGGAUCUGGGAAGUCCGUUAGCAGGCCAACGAAUGUGAGACAAGCUUCGACAAAACCAAAUUCUGCUUCCGGAGAUGUAAGAGGAAAAGAGAAUCAAUCAUUUGGCAAUGCUGUGAAGGAUAAACAAUCUUCUGAAAAGGCAAUUUCCAAGGUUGUGACACCGGUAAAGAGACUUCCAACUCCGCAUAAAUCGGCAGACAAAUGUUUGGAUCCUUUGAAGUUACAGCUAGAUAGUAGAUUAAUAGACCAGGAAAGAGCACAAGAUAGCCCUUCUGGGUCUUCAGAGGAUAAAGUAUCAGAAGCUGAUAAUACACCAAACCAAAUAUCUGAAGAUAUUGUAAGGUGCUUGUCUAGCAUUUUCACGAGGUUGAGCACCUCGAAAGGCAAAGCUGUGGAAUCCGGGACUUUACCUUCUCGACCAUUUGUCAAUUCUCAUGAAAGGAACAGAGAGUGUGAAUGUAAAGACCCUUAUGAAAUCUGUUCAGAUUUGAAAAGUAGAGACAUUGGCCCCUAUAAGUAUCUUUGUGCAAUUGAAGCUAAUACAAUUGAUCUGAACCGAAAAACGAACGUUUUGUUUCUGAUCCAUAGAUUGAAGUUUCUACUAGGGAAGCUAGCCUCUGUUGAUUUAGAGGGUCUUAGCCAUCAGCAGAAACUUGCAUUCUGGAUAAACACUUAUAAUUCCUGUAUGAUGAAUGAGAUUUUGGAGCACGGGACUCCUGAGUCUCCUGAAACAGUGGUGGCACUAAUGCAAAAGGCGACAAUAGUUGUGGGAGGAUACUUGCUAAAGGCAGUAACGAUUGAGCAUUUCAUAUUAAGGCUGCCUUUCCAUUUGAAAUUUACCUGUCCUGAAGCAGCCAAAAAUGAUGAGAUGAAAGCACGCAAUAAAUUCGGACUGGAGUGGUCCGAACCCCUGGUCACAUUUGCUCUUGCAUGUGGAAGCUGGUCAUCUCCUGCUGUGAGAGUAUACACAGCAUCUGAGGUUGAAGAUGAGCUGGAAACAGCAAAGAGAGAGUAUCUACAGGCAGCCAUUGGCAUUUCAAGAACAAACAAGUUAAUAAUUCCAAAGCUGUUGGAUUGGUAUCUGCUUGACUUUGCUAAGGAUUUGGAAUCGUUUCUGGAUUGGGUUUGUCUGCAACUACCGAAUGAAGUGAGGAAUGAAGCAGUCAAAUGUCUAGAAAGAAAGGGGAAAGAGCCUCUUUCCAAACUAGUUCGAGUAAUGCCAUAUGAUUUCAGUUUCAGAUUGCUUUUACACCAUUGAAGGUUAUAUUUCUUACAAAUUCAUCUUUCCAUCAACAAAGGUCCAUGGACUUGGGAUCGGUAGGGCCAAUAUAUUUAAUAUAUUAGACACAGUGAAAGUACAUAUGUAAUCUUAGCAUCUGUAAAGAAAAAAAAAAGGGGUUGGAGGUGAAUAACUGGGUUUACAGUGGAUUCUGGGGUUGGCCAAUGACCAUUGGUUUAUUGAAUUGAUAUUUCAUUCAUUUAUGUUACAGUUUUUGCGCCUUCAUUUUUCCCUUUUAAUGAAA